AAACGAACGAUCGUGUAUCUCAGGCGAGUGUAAAGAUUACAUGAAGGUCUAUCUUGACUGCCUGCGGAAGAAUGGCAGCAAUUCGACGCCGUGCCGAGCACUUAACAGAGAUUACCUGGAUUGCCGUAUGAACAAGUGUGCUCUUACACCUAUCCUUCAACGCCGGCGCACUGACAACUUAUCUGCAGAGGUCUUAUGGAUCGCGACGAGUGGAAGAAUCUAGGUUUGGCAAAGGUUGCUGGCGACCCAGCGAGCUCAGAGGCAACACGGAAUACAAGUCAACCUGACCAAAAGUCUACAUCCGCGGCAUCGAGGCCACCAUAGCUUACUGCAUAUGCAUCUUGUGUACAGUCUGGGAUCAUGUCGCAAUCGCAUACUAUCUACGUUGAAGGUUCCACGUGAGGAUGUAUGGCGGGUGUCAGUCAUGAGCAUAGCAUAGGCAAGUCCUUAUAACGACAUACCAUGCGAAAAUAAUGCUCCCUUACGAAUUGCGGUCACGCAAAAGUUCUCUAGAAGCUGAAAGAUACCAAGAAGAAAAGCUGGAAAGUCGACAUGUUAGAAACUCGAGGUUUACAUGUGCUACUGUCCCUGUCCCAUACUUGCGGCACAAGACUCCCUCAAGCCAAUCGGGUCAUCCAUCCGCGGGCCUUAUAUUCGCGAGACUGUCGAGCCCGUCGAGUCUCCGUCAUAUUACCGUCGAACGUGCGACACAGUGUCCAAUGUCGGGGCUCGUUCUCCACAACGCAGCCUGGGAAACCCGGCCUCAACGGGACAUACGGCGCUACCGUCAAGCCAUUUCCUUUUUCCGGAGCGGCGGUCGUGGACAGGGGCAUGAACGUUCGUGCCAGUGGUGCUCAGCUCCGUUAAACGUGCUCUCGACGCCGUGCCGACUCGUUCGUCCAGUAUGCGGUUCGCCAUCAUGCGUCCGAUCGGCCAGCUGGCCUUUAUCGCUGCUGGACAGGCGAUUUCGCUUGCUGGGCUGCCUGCCGGAGAUUAUUCCACGCGCAGUUCGAAGAACAGUUUCUUUGAUGUGCAGGCACAUAGAGGGGGCAGAGGAAACACUAUAGAGAACACGCUGCCUAGCUUCGCUUGGGGUCUCAUAGAUGGUGCCACGACGCUGGAAAUGGAUAAUGGCAUCACCAAGGACGGCGUGGUUGUGGUCUGGCACGACGAGAACGUUACAGAGGAGAAAUGCAAAGAUACGGCACCAGCUACACCUAACGACCCGGACUUCCCCUACGUCGGAAAAUUCAUCGCUAACCUCACUCUUGCUCAACUGAGGACACUUGAUUGCGGCUCGAAGAGACUUGACUACUUCCCACUACAGCUCACAUACCCGGGAACGAAAAUAUCCACACUAGGAGAAGUGUUUGACUUCGCUGAAUGCGCGGACCCUUCUCACCUGAUUUCCUGGAAUAUCGAGUCCAAAAUCAACGCUAUGUUCCCUAAUCAGACGCUGGGUGUCGACGAUUUCGUUGAGAAGCAGUAUGCGCUAUUUGCGAAUAGCCCGUAUAAAUCUUCUAUCAUGUACCAGAGUUUUGACUGGCGUACUCUGAUUGCGAUGAAGAAACGAGACCCGACGAUCAUCACCUCAGCUUUGAUAGAGUGGAUUACGGCGAAUGGCAUUGACGAUAAUCCGACCCCUUGGUUGGCCGGUCUGGAUCUGGACCUGUUCCCUGGGCCGACCUUCGACCAGAAGGUCGCACAAGCCGCACGUUACAUUCGUGCUGAUAUCUUGUCUCCUUCUGCUAUAUCAUCGCAGAGUCGUGUUGUUGAUCCUACGAUGGAAGGCUAUGUUCCAUUUACAACCAAGGUGAUGGUCGACGAGGCGCACAGUCUCGGUUUGCAGAUAAAACCAUGGACGGUCAAUCGACAUAACAUUGUCGAUCAACUUCUCGACUGGAAAGUCGACGGUAUCAUCACAGACUAUCCAAAUUCCGUCCGUCGAUUGGUCAAACAACGGGAUCUUUCCGUUGCUCCCAAAUACCCUAAGCAGCGGGUGCUUGCCUGCUUGGAUGAGCACUUGGCUAAACAGCGGGACUCGUCAUAAGGGUGUUGAACCAUUUUUAUAUGUUUUGGUUUGGUAUAUAGAUUCCUUUGGGCGUAGACCACAUCUGCAUUGGUGCUAUAUCAUGCAUUCCAAGGUCGUACAUUGCGCAGUAGAUUUUUCUCGUUAAAUUAGUCAAAUGGAUGGGCAUUGAGUGGACG